GGGCUGCGGGCGGCCCCGGAGCGCGGCGCUGAUGGCGGGGCCGGUGAAGGACCGCGAGGCCUUCCAGAGGCUCAGCUUCCUGUACCAGGCCGCCCAUUGUGUCCUUGCCCAGGACCCCGAGAACCAGGCGCUGGCAAGAUUUUACUGCCACACGGAGAAGACCAUCGCGAAGCGGCUCGUCUUGCGGCGCGCGGGCGCGGGACCACUGCCCUCUUCCGCCCCCAGGGACCCUUCGGUGAAGAGGACUCUGUGUCGAGGAUGUUCUUCCCUCCUCGUCCCCGGCCUCACCUGCACCCAGCGCCAGAGACGCUGCAGGGGACAGCGCUGGACAGUACAGACCUGCCUCACAUGCCAGCGCAGCCAACGCUUCCUCAAUGAUCCUGGGCAUUUACUCUGGGGAGACAGGCCUGAGGCCCAGCUGGGGAACCAGGCAGAUUCUAAACCACUACAGCCCUUGCCAAACACAGCCCACUCCAUUCCAGCCCACCUUCCUGAGGAGAAAAUGCCGACUCAAGGUUCCAGUCACCAGUGAUGGAUUCACCCCAGCUCCCAAAUAUAGUUUACUUGUUUUACGUUCCAUGAUUCUGUUCUGUGGGUAUCUCAAGUCUUAGUUCCAUUUUCUUCUGUUUCUGUUUGUGUUUCUUGGUUGCCUUUGUAAUCCCACCAUGCAGGGAGAUCCUAAUUUCCAUAGACCACUUGGCCCCACUCAGCAGCUCACAUUUCCAAGGUCAUGGCCCCAGUUCCCUAUCAAUGACCUGAGCCACCUUAGGACAUUCCAUGUUUAGGUAGCCAUGACUACUGACUGAAGAGCUGGAGAGAAUAAUGUCACUGCUGUCAUCUUCAAACAAGGAGGAGAAUAUGGGGCACUGGAGAGUGUUCAUACCCUCUAGGCCCACUCAGAGUCAGAAAAGACUCAGGUCUUUUCCCAAUCUCAAAGUUGUCUUUAAUAAAAUUCUAAUAAAGGAAAUGGCACAAACCUGAA